AAUAAGCCUCAUCUUAGCAUCUUAUUCUAUGUAUUAUGUAUACAACUCUGGCUCGACAACCCUUUUCUCUGCAUUGUACGCAAAUGUGACAUCUGCUGAAGAGAUUGAGCAACGCCAUGGUUUGUGCAGUAGUCGUCGUGAGGAAGGGUUUCGUUGAAUCUCGGGAGUAAUACCACUCCUUCUGGCCAUGGCGUCCAAUGGAAUGGUGCCCUGUUGUAAAUCCUCAUGUCAAUGCCCAGUCCACCUGUUCGCCACUAUCACGGCUCACUAUUAUACUGCUCAUUUAGCCACUGAUUGAUCUCACAUAUCAUCAUAUCAUGCCAAGUGCAGUUAGCUAAUUGACUCCAUUUAAGAUCUGCUGCAUGUGCGCCCGGUCCAGCCAUUUCCAUUUAUAUCCCUCGUCAAGUGGUAGGUUAAUCACCACGCUACUCCUGCAAGUCUCGUCCCCCGUUAGCAAUCCCUCUGUUUUCAGUUGACCUACACACUUGGUUCAUCGUCGGCUAUCCGGUCUUCCUCCCUGAUUUAUUUAUCUACCUCAUUUUAUAAAAAUGAAUCGGUUUCUCGGGCUCACAGCGGCGUUGGUCGCCAUUUUAGCAAUAAUUCCUCAUAUGGCGACAGCCGAAGAGGAACUGAAAAUUGAAGUUUUGCACAAACCAGACGACUGUACCGAAACCUCAAAGAAAGGUCAAAUGUUGACGAUGCACUAUAAGGGAACGUUUGAGGAUGGGAAGCAGUUUGAUUCCAGCCAUGAUCGCAAUCAGCCAUUUACAUUCCAAAUUGGGAUUGGACAGGUGGUGAAAGGUUGGGACCAGGGAUUAUUAGACAUGUGCGUGGGCGAAAAGAGAAAAUUGAUCGUUCCUCCCCACCUCGGAUAUGGAGAACAAGGCGCAGGAGAGGUCAUACCUGCAGGUGCUACACUUGUGUUCGAGACUGAAUUGCUCAAAAUUGAAACGUCUCCUCCAGUUGUUAACGUAUUCAAAGAAAUUGAUUCCGACGGAGAUACGCAACUUUCCCGCGAUGAGGUGAGUGGUUACUUGAAGAAACAAAUGGAGACAAUGAAAGCAGAAGGCAAUGCUGGACAAGAUGACGAGUUGAAAAAAGCAAUGGAGGAUCAUGACAAACUUGUCGAAGAAAUUUUCCAGCAUGAGGAUCAAGACAAGAACGGGUUUAUUUCUCACGACGAGUUCAGCGGCCCUAAGCAUGACGAGCUAUAAAAAUUUAUCAAAUUAUUAGAUAUAAUUUUUUAACUAUUAAAUUAGGAUUCAGAUGCCUUCCAUAUAAUGAAUUGAAUGCGAACCACCAAAAAGGUAACUUAAUAAUAUAUUCCGAGUGUAACUUCCUUUAAAUAAUCAUAAACAUCGAGAAACGGGCAGGCAAAUUCCAAUUUUCUACUAACUGACAUUCUGGGUUAAUUGAAAUGUAAGACAUAACAUAUACUAAAAUUAAUAUUUGCUGAUGGGUACCACUUUUUCAGUUUUAUAAUGAGAAAGAUGUGUCAGUCAUAAGGUGCUCAUUUAAUGUUAAGUUUUGCAUAAUAAUAAAUAUGUAUUUCAACAAAGUAAACUUAAUAAACAUUGUUACGCCAAGGAAUCUUAAUUAUUGAUCGAGUGAAACUAUUCUACAUAUUAUGAAAUUCAUAUUUUUAAGACAAUUUUUUCAAAACGUGCUUUGUUAAUUAGUUUAUUUAUUCGUUUGUUACUCAAUUUCGUUGAUGGUCAACGUUCGUCGAAAUAAAUUGAUACAAUCUGCA